GUGUCUUGUCUUGCAGGUGAUAGCAAGGUUUCUGGCGUGGUCUAUUUCGAGCAAUCGGACGAGAACUCGCCUGUCAAGGUGACCGGCGAGAUCGCAGGCAACGAUGCCAAUGCCGAGAGAGGAUUCCACAUCCAUGCGUUCGGCGACAACAGCAACGGUUGCGUAUCAGCAGGACCUCACUUCAACCCGCACAAUAAGAAGCAUGGCGGCCCAGAGGGCUCGGAGCGCCAUGUCGGUGAUCUUGGCAAGUCACAGCCCCUCAGAAAUGUCAAGUCGGACGGCUCUGGCGUAGUCAACCUGAACCUUUCAGACAAACACAUCUCGCUCAUUGGACCUCAGUCCAUCAUUGGACGCACAGUGGCUGGCACGGAUGACCUGGGCAAGGGAGGCAAUGAAGAAUCUUUCAAGACCGGCAAUGCUGGCGGUCGUAACGCCUGCGGUGUCAUCGGCAUCCAAGCCAACAUGUGCGUCCGAUGA